UGGGCACUGGUGGGCAGCACUGGUGGGCACAGGUGGGUGGCACUGGUGGGCACAGGUGGGUAGCACUGCUGGGCACAGGUAGAUGGCACUUCUGGGCACAGGUGGGUGCACUGCUGGACACAGGAGGGUGCACUGCUGGGCACAGGUGGGCGCACUGCUGGGCACAGGUGGGCGGAAAUGGUGGGUGGUACUGCUGGGCACCAAUCAUCAGGGCACUGAUCAUCAGUGCCCUGAUGAUCGGUGCCGAUCCCUGCUCUGACAACUGUCGGUUCUCGGCAGUACUUUCCUCACGCUCUGACAGCGUGAGGAAAGUGCAGCCGAGAACCGGCAAUUGCAU